CUGCGAGCGCUUUUAGAACUAUGGCGGCGGUGGAUAUUCGAGAUAAUCUGCUGGGAAUCUCUUGGGUUGACAGUUCCUGGAUCCCCAUUUUGAAGAGUGGAAGUGUCCUGGAUUACUUUUCAGAAAGAAGUAAUCCUUUUUACGACAGAAGAUGUAAUAAUGAGGUGGUCAAAAUGCAGAGGCUAACAUUAGAACACUUAAAUCAAAUGGUUGGAGUAGAAUACAUCCUUUUACAUGCUCAAGAGCCCAUUCUUUUUAUCAUUUGGAAGCAACAGCGGCAGUCCCCUACCCAAGUUAUCCCACUGGCUGAUUACUAUAUCAUUGCUGGAGUGAUCUAUCAAGCCCCAGACUUGGGGUCUGUUAUGAACUCUAGGGUGCUUACUGCAGUGCAUGGCAUUCAGUCAGCUUUUGAUGAAGCUAUGUCCUACUGUCGAUACCAUCCUUCCAAAGGGUAUUGGUGGCAUUUCAAAGAUCAUGAAGAGCAAGAUAAAGUCAAACCUAAAGCUAAAAGGAAAGAAGAACCAAGCUCUAUUUUUCAGAGACAGCGUGUCGAUGCUUUACUCCUAGACCUGAGACAGAAAUUUCCACCCAAAUUUGUGCAGCAAAAGUCUGGAGAAAAGCCUGUCCCAGUGGAUCAGACAAAGAAAGAGGCAGAACCUGUACCAGAAACUGUAAAAUCUGAAGAGAAGGAGACCACAAAGAACGUCCAACAGAUAGUGAGCACCAAAGGCCCUCCUGAAAAACGAAUGAGACUUCAGUGAGCAAUGGAGAAGAGAGAAGCUUGCAAGACUCCUCUUGCCCGUUAUUUAUACCUCAUUACUGUGACAGGCUCUUGAACUUUGAAAUUCUUUG